AAAAAGAAAAGAAUUGUGGGUACUGUCAUGGGCGCUCGCGCCGAGCAAGGAUCGUGUUAUUGUCAUUGACUAGUUUUCCUUUUUAGAAACUAUACUUGAUAUUUUAAAGUAAACUUUUGACCUUUUCAAAAGUCAAAAUGGCGUCUACCGCUGCUGGAAAACAGCGGAUACCAAAGGUGGCUAAGGUGAAGAAUAAAGCCCCGGCAGAUGUGCAGAUUACAGCUGAGCAGCUUCUGAGAGAAGCCAAAGAAAGGGAGCUGGAACUCCUGCCGCCGCCUCCGAAGCAGAAGAUCACCAAUUCAGAGGAGCUAAACGAUUACAAACUGAGGAAGAGGAAGGCGUUUGAGGACAACAUCAGAAAGAACCGCACAAUCAUCAGUAACUGGAUUAAGUACGCACAAUGGGAAGAAAGCCUGAACGAGGUCCAAAGGGCCCGCUCCAUAUACGAACGAGCUCUGGAUGUCGAUCACCGCAACAUCACUCUGUGGCUAAAGUAUGCCGAGAUGGAGAUGAAAACCCGGCAGGUGAAUCACGCUCGCAACAUCUGGGACAGAGCCAUCACCAUCCUCCCUCGAGUCAACCAGUUUUGGUACAAGUACACAUACAUGGAGGAGAUGUUGGGUAACGUCGCCGGCUGCAGACAGGUGUUUGAACGCUGGAUGGAGUGGGAGCCGGAUGAGCAGGCCUGGCACUCGUACAUCAAUUUUGAGCUUCGCUACAAGGAGGUGGACAAAGCCCGGACCAUUUAUGAGCGAUUUGUCAUGGUUCACCCUGAAGUGAAGAACUGGAUCAAGUACGCUCGCUUCGAAGAGAAACACGGCUACAUAGCUCACAGCAGGAAGGUGUACGAACGAGCCGUGGAGUUCUUCGGGGAGGACCACGUCAAUGAAAACCUCUUUGUGGCUUUUGCCAAAUUUGAGGAGAUCCAGAAGGAGUUUGAGCGUGUUCGGGUCAUUUAUAAGUACGCGUUGGACAAAAUUCCCAAACAUGAAGCGCAGGAACUCUUCAAGAACUACACCAUGUUUGAGAAGAAGUUUGGAGACCGCAGGGGGAUUGAGGACGUCAUCAUCAGCAAACGACGAUUCCAGUAUGAAGAGGAAGUUAAGGCAAACCCGCACAACUACGACGCCUGGUUUGAUUACCUGCGCCUGGUGGAGAGCGAUGGAGACCCCGACACGGUCAGAGAUGUUUAUGAGAGAGCCAUCGCCAACAUCCCCCCCAUCCAAGAGAAACGGCACUGGAGGCGAUACAUCUACCUCUGGAUCAACUAUGCUCUGUAUGAAGAGCUGGAGGUCAAGGAUCCAGAGAGAACGAGGCAGGUUUACCAGGCCUGUCUGGACCUUAUUCCUCACAAGAAGUUCACAUUUGCAAAGAUCUGGCUUCUCUUCGCUCAGUUCGAGAUCCGACAAAAGAGUCUGCAGGCGGCCAGAAAGGUUAUGGGCACGGCGAUCGGGAAAUGCCCCAAGAACAAACUGCUGAAGGGCUACAUAGAACUAGAGCUGCAGCUGCGAGAGUUCGACCGCUGCAGGAAGCUCUACGAGAAGUACCUGGAGUUCAGUCCGGAGAACUGCACCACGUGGAUCAAGUUUGCAGAACUGGAGACCAUCCUGGGAGACGUGGAAAGAUCCCGCGCCAUCUUUGAGCUCGCCAUCGGACAGCCGCGACUGGACAUGCCAGAGGUUCUGUGGAAAUCUUACAUAGACUUUGAAAUAGAGCAGGAAGAGUUUGAAAACACGAGAAACCUUUACAAGCGGCUGCUGCAGCGAACUCAACAUGUUAAGGUUUGGAUUAGCUACGCCAAGUUCGAGCUGUCGGUUGAAGGACCCGAUCGGCUGGCGAAGUGUCGGCAGAUCUUCGAGGAGGCCAAUAAGAGCAUGAGAAACUGCGAGGAGAAAGAGGAGAGGCUGAUGCUGCUGGAGUCCUGGAGAGACUUCGAGAAGGAGUUUGGCUCAGACAGCAGCAGAGAGCGAGUCCGGAAGUUGCUGCCCGAGAAGGUCAAGAAGAGGAGGAAGCUGACGGCUGAGGAUGGGUCCGACGCAGGCUGGGAGGAAUACUACGAUUACAUCUUCCCAGAGGACGCUGCCAACCAGCCCAACCUUAAGCUGCUCGCGAUGGCCAAGAUGUGGAAGAGGCAGCAGAUAAACACCGACGACGAGCCUCAAGAAAAAGAUCGGAGCGUUGAAGAGGUCACAUCACCGGAGAGCGAGGAGACGGAUCUCCCCGACAAGCAGGCAGAGGAAGAGCCUGCCAGAAACACGACUGAGACGGAGCAGGAGAAAACGUACGAUGACCGAGACGAUGAGGACAGCAGCAGCAGCAGUGGUAGUGAUGAAGAGGAGGAGGCAAAGACAAAGCAGAGCAAAAGCCCUCAAGAGGACAAAGAGUAGAUUUAGUCAGAGCAGACAAUGAUUUUCUACACUUGUUUUUUUUUCUUUUACUCAGCUCAUCUUUAUUGUGUCAUUCUUAUUUGUGUUUUUCCUCAACAAACUUUCAUUUAAAAUUUAUAAGAAAUAAAAAUGGAAAACUGGAGCAUUUUGUACAUUCAGUGACUCUCCGACUUUAAAGCA